AGAGAGUGAAUUUUAGUGAAUGAACCGGUGAAUGCGAAUGAUAAACGUACGAAGUGCGAAUAUAAAAGCAAAAUAGAAAUAAGUACAAUACCUGCUGUAGUUCUUUGGAAAAAAUCUUGGACCAAAAAUAAAUAAGCCGAAUUUUAAGCAAAAUGCCUAAACACAAGAAGCAAGAGAGUUCCAGCAGCUCGGAUAGCGAUGAGGGACCAGUAGACAGAAACCCUCCAGCAGAAAAGAAAGCUAAAACGGGUAACAGUACCAGGACAGCUGACAAAGAGCCAACAUGGGUAUUACAAGGGAAGAAAUUGGUUAAGGUCAGAGAGUUCAAAGGCAAGGUAUAUGUAGAUAUAAGAGAAUUUUAUGAAAAAAAUGGUGACCUGUUACCAGGCAAGAAAGGGAUUAGCAUGACCCCUGAACAGUGGAAAAAGUUGUUGUCACUUGGUGACGAAAUAAAUGAAACACUUAGUUCUUUAUGCUGAGAGCA